AUGACAGAUUUUCCAUUAAGAAACGAUUCAUUCCAAACAAUCAAAAGUGCAGCUGUUACUGUCUAUAAAGGUGGCAAAAAUGUUGAGUUGGUCGAUGUAAUUGCGAAUGAAAAACAAGUUGCAGUUAAAUUAACAGUUGAUGGACAAGAAUAUGUCAAGUCAUGGGAAUUCUUUAAGGAAAUCAAGCCUGAUUCUAAAAAGAUUGAUAACGGAUCAAAGAAAAUCGAAAUUUCUUUCGAAAAACAAGUUACAGAAAACUGGCCUCAGGCAGAAGCCAAAGGAGAAACAUUAAAACCACUAUACCAAAAAUGGCAAAAAGUCGAUGUUGAAGAAGAAGAAGAAAAACAUGAAAAAGAUUUUGGUGAAUUUCUUCAAGGAAUAUAUGCUAAUGCUACAGACGAACAGAAAAGAGCUAUUAUGAAAAGUUAUUAUGAAUCGCAUGGUACAGUUUUGAGUUGUGAUUGGAAUGAUGUCGGUAGUCGCACAGUGGAACCUGUAAACAAUGAUAAAAAGUAA